GUGACCAAUGUAAUUAAUUACAUUUUGUUACUUUUGAAGAACUUCGUUUCAUAUAUGUGAUGAACCUAGGUAAGGUAGCUAGUUAAUAAGCAUAUUUUUAUUAUUUAACAUGCAAACAAUUAGGUUUGCUGUCCUGAAAGUUAAGCUUUUGAGAUUCAGAAGUAGAGCUGACACAGUAUUGCAUUAAAAAGAUCUCAGUGACAUUCUAUUAACCCCACUAAUUUCUCUUUGGGAGAGAAGAAAAAUGCAUUUUAUUUUUUUUUUCCAGAACUGCAAAUAUUGCAUUUGCUAUUUCAAUAUUCUGGUAUUUUGUAGUGUUUAGGAAUAGUCAAAAUAGGUCAUGCAUGUUAUAGUUGCACUUGUGUUGCAAAAUAACGUUGUAAACAUAUCAUUGGGUUCUGAGAACAGCAUUCAGCCUGCAGUGUGCGUUAGCUGUGGUUCUCACUUCUGGAUCACAGUGUGAGAUUUUGAUUUGGUAACAUUAAUACCGACAGGUGUAGCAUGUGGAUGUGUGUUAGCCUCAUUUCUUACUCUGAACAUACACGUUUGCAUUUCUUUUCUGGGAUGUUUGAAUUAUAUUCACCUUAACUGUAUUUUCAGAGCAGCUGCAGCAGUUCUGGUACCAGUGAGGAGAGGAGAGGUGGAGUUCUGUGUUAGAAUAGCUCAACGGCUUCCCAUCAGUGGAAGCCACUGCUCCAGAGACACUUGACCCACAAAUGCACGUACAGCAUAGCUUGGGGCCCAGCUUAAUGAGAUCAUUUGAAGUUGGUCUUCCUUGAGCAAGGCCCAAGCAGGGUUGUCUGCAGUGUGCUUUAAGAACUGCCAGUCGAGAAUUGCUAAUGGAGGCAGGCCUGUGGAGCUCUGACUUUUUCCUGUCCGUUGGUAAAGUCUCUCACGUAUAUUUACUUCCAUGUCUCAUAUGAUUAUGUAUUCUUGAAAUUAUCCUGGCCAUCUGUAACUUAAUUUUUCAUUUGAGAGGAAAAUCAUUUCUUUAGGCUGAAGCUUUUUCUUUGCUGUAGCUUUGUUUUCAGUCCCUGUUUCCUCACCUCCUGCACUUCCUGGUCUUUCAUCACUCACUUCUCUUUCUGUAUGUCCAUUCAGUCAUUUAUUUGUCUGCUUCUGCGGAUCACCUGCCGUAGUAAAAGAUGCUGCUUCUGUGUUCCCAAAAUAUUUUCUGCUAAGUAUAAUAACGGUUCAAAACAGCAGUGCUUGCAGUUACAGAAUUCAAAUGCUUCACAUGCUGAAGUUGCAGAGACUGUAAUUCUGAAGCUCAGGUACGGUAACGCUGAUAAAUGCAUUUUGAUAAAUAAAGGAAGGACAGAUGUGUAAGAAAGGAAGGGACUUCAUGGGGUUGCUCCCUGCUCUGAGGCAGAAGCAAAUACAUUGAAGUUUUAUCUGACGAACGUUUGUCUAAUCUGUUCUUAAAAACCUCCAACGAGGGGAAUACCACACCUUUGCUGAUCUAUUUAUAGCUAGUGCAUAGCUGUCGUUAUAGUUCGUAGGGUUUUCUUAAUAUUUAACUUCUGUCUCUGUCUUGGUGCUCGUUAAGCCAGUUAGUUCUUGUCUCGCUAUUAUUACUCAUGCUGGAUAAUGAUUUCUGUACUGUUUGUACCAACCGUUUGUAGAUGUGAGGACUGUUCCUCUGUCUCCUUUUACUUCUGACUUCUCUUUACUAAUCUAAGCAAAGAGGCCUUUGCUUCACAGGUCAUGUUCUCUCAGGUUUUGUUGUUGUUUUUGUUGUCAUCAACUCCCACUGGACUCUGAUUUGUCUGCAGAUUUUUCAAAGCUCCCCAGCCAAAGUCUGACCACAACAGAAUAAUUAACUUACUUCUGCUGUAACUUACAGAGUAACGUAUGACAGCCCUAUUAAAAUGUAAUUCCUCUGUGUGUGUGUCCAUAUAAUUUUGUUGCUUUUUUGCCUGUAGUCUUUUUUUUUCUCAACAGCAUCACGUUCUUGGCUCCCGUGUUUGUUAACACAGGAGCUUGUGUUAGUAUUUGUUGAAUCGGGUACCUUGAACAAAAAGAAUAGAACCUUUUGGUGUGUUGAAUUUAAUCUGUAUUUCAGGUUAGUUUUCUGAUAAUGGACUAUUUCCAGACUCCCCACAAGCAGGGAUCAGUUCGCAGGAAAGCGGGCAGUUUCUGCUCUUCCUCUGUUUCCCAGCACACACAGUCCCUGUGUUUUUUGAGUGUACGUGUUGUCCGCAAUGGGAAGCCUGACUGAGAAAAAAAAUAAUGCUAACAAGACAGCCAUUUCCCUGAAGUUCAGGUUUUCAGGCUCACUGCCAUUAUGGAUGAGCAGCAAGCUUUGAAUUCAAUCAUGCAGGAUUUGGCUGUGCUUCAUAAGGCCAGUCGUCCUGUAUUGCCCCAGCAAGAAACAGGAAAACCAAAGUCAUCUUCACCUAAAAAACAGAAUGAUGUUAGAGUCAAAUUUGAACAUCGAGGUGAAAAAAGAAUCCUCCAGUUACCACGGCCUGUCAAACUUGAAGAUCUUGCAGCUAAAGCUAAAGUUGCUUUUGGACAGACUAUGGAUUUACAUUACAGCAAUAAUGAGCUUGUGAUACCAUUAACCACACAAGAUGACCUGGACAAAGCAGUUGAACUGCUUGACCGUAGUGUUCACAUGAAGAGUCUCAAAAUAUUGCUUGUAAUACAUGGAAAUACACAGUCACCUAGUGUAAAUAAUGUGGAACCCUUACCCUCUCUGGAAGCUUUAGAUAAUACGGUGUUUGGUGUCACAGAGAGAAAAAGGCAGCUUCCUGUAGUAGGUUCAAAUACUCGCGAUAGGAGUUCACCUCCCCCAGGAUACAUUCCAGAUGAGCUGCACCAGGUGGCCCGAAAUGGGUCAUUCACCAGUAUCAACAGUGAGGGCGAAUUCAUUCCAGAAAGCAUGGAUCAGAUGCUGGAUCCACUGUCUUUGAGCAGUCCUGAAAAUUCUGGCUCAGGAAGCUGUCCCUCACUUGACAGCCCUUUAGAUGGAGACAACUAUCCCAAAUCACGGAUGCCAAGAGCACAGAGCUAUCCAGAUAAUCAUCAGGAAUUCUCAGUAGAAUAUGAUAUUCCAAUAUUCGAGAAGUUUGGAAAGGGGGGGACUUAUCCCCGAAGAUACCAUAUUUCAUAUCAUCAACAAGAUUACAAUGAUGGUCGUAAAACUUUUCCAAGAGCCAGAAGGACUCAGGGGAACAGCUUCCGAUCACCGGUUAGUUUCAGUCCCACCGAUCACUCGCUGAGCACCAGUAGCGGAAGCAGCGUCUUUACGCCAGAAUAUGAAGAUAACAGAAUGAGGAGGAGGGGAAGUGACAUAGACAAUCCUACCUUGUCAGUGAUGGACAUCAGCCCACCAAGUCGCUCACCACGAGCUCCAACUAACUGGAGACUUGGUAAACUGCUGGGUCAAGGUGCAUUUGGCAGAGUGUAUCUGUGUUACGAUGCUGAUACCGGAAGAGAACUGGCUGUUAAGCAAGUCCAGUUUGAUCCUGAUAGUCCAGAAACCAGCAAGGAAGUAAAUGCACUUGAAUGUGAGAUUCAGCUGCUGAAAAAUCUGCUGCAUGAAAGAAUUGUUCAGUAUUACGGCUUCUUGAGAGACCCACCAGAAAGGACCCUCUCUAUAUUCAUGGAAUAUAUGCCUGGGGGUUCCAUCAAAGACCAAUUAAAAUCAUACGGAGCACUCACAGAGAAUGUGACUCGUAAAUAUACACGACAGAUUUUGGAAGGAGUUCACUAUUUGCACAGUAAUAUGAUUGUCCAUCGAGAUAUUAAAGGAGCAAAUAUUCUGCGAGAUUCAGCAGGCAAUGUGAAGCUGGGUGACUUUGGUGCCAGCAAACGACUCCAGACUAUCUGUCUGUCUGGUACAGGAAUGAAGUCUGUCACAGGAACUCCGUACUGGAUGAGUCCAGAAGUUAUCAGUGGAGAAGGGUACGGCAGAAAAGCAGACAUCUGGAGCGUAGGUUGUACAGUGGUAGAAAUGCUCACUGAGAAGCCCCCGUGGGCAGAAUUCGAAGCUAUGGCUGCCAUCUUUAAGAUUGCCACUCAGCCAACCAAUCCCCAGUUACCACCUCAUGUCUCAGACCAUGCUCGGGAUUUCUUGAAAAGGAUUUUUAUCGAGGCCAAGUUGCGACCAUUUGCAGAUGAACUGCUAAGACACACGUUUGCACACUAUCACUAACAGCCUGCCUCAACUCAGCUUGCAUCUACUGCAUUUAUUUUCUAUUUGACUGCACUUUUAUUUUUUAUCUUUUACAAAAAAAAAGGAGAAAAAAAGACAAGAGAGAGAACACAUUCUCUUGAAUCUUUGUUUCACUUAGAUUGUAAACAAUCUGAAUUUUGUAUCUAAAAUAAGAAUCUUCCCUUCCCUGCUCCCACCAGGACUAGAACUUCUUGUUUCUGUAAUGUACUGAUGUGGUUCGUGUAGAUAAAGCACUUUAGUACAUAUUUGUUCCUUAUUUAAAUGGGGAAAAAAAAAGACAAAUGAUUGGAUAGUCAGGAACUGUGUGACUUUUUCUGACACCGCUGACAGACUCAGGGUGCAGGGAAAAAUAGACAUGCAGCUAGAGGACAAGAAGGUUACCUCUCUGUGAUUGUUCUUUAUAUUAUAGGUACUUGCAACAGAGAGUUCAAAGUUCUUAUAUUUUAACAUUUUAAUCACUUCUAGCAUUUUGUAAUUUAAGCUGGAUCACGUGGUUCUGAGAGUUAAUUAUAAAGCUGGAAGAACUUGGAACUCUUUGUACAAAAGCAUGUCUGACUGGUACUUCUAUGUGACCAAAAGAAAAUAAUAAUAAUAAUAAAAAAGAAUUCAACACUGAUGUACUAGAGAUUUUGGUGUAGAACUAUCCUAUCCUUAUAGGAAAAGAAUUACAGGUAAACAGAUCAUGGACCCAGACUCCUAGGAACUAGCAUACUGUAAGGGGAAAAUUUCUGCAGUAGAAAAGAGGUAGCUGUUGGAUGUAAAUAAUUGGGAGAAUGUCUCCUGCUGUAUCUGCCAAAGAGAAUCCUCUGUUGCAUAAGCUUGGAGGGAGAUAAUUACCUUAGGUAAGAAAUAAGUGGUGUCAAGAGAGUUCUCCUCCACAAUCCCACAAAUGUUUGAGGGGGAGAGGAGUGACGAAUCCUUCUGCAGUAUGUAUGUUACACGAUUCGGAAUGACCUGUAGGAAAUAACGUCUUCAAAGCUGUCGAGGGGCGCUGGGACGGAAUGUGUGUCAACAUCAAGUGCCUGAAUAAUAUAAAAUUAUUCCCAUUAUGCACUAUAAGCAUUGCUUUAGUAACACAGUUCAGUCAUCUAGGAUGUGUUGACAAUUCUUAAAAUAAAAUUAGACUGCUUUUAACACUAGGAGUAAGUCACUGAGAAAGAUAAGACUCCAGUUAUACUUCUCAUGAGGCAACAAUGAACAAGGAGGCACAGCACAAAAGAUUGUAUGAAGGAUAGGCCAAAAGUGCAGAGCGCCAGCAACUGAAUAACACGAGCGGGAUUACUGUAGCCCGAUAACCCACUUGAUCGGUGUUUUUUCAGAUUUCCAACUGCCAUAAAAUGGACAUUAAUCCACUUUUUCUGUUUCUCAAAGAGAAUAAUAAAAGAACAAAGGCAAAACUCUGAAAUAGUCCUUCUCAAUAGAGAAGGCCAGGUACUGAUCAGGUAUAGUUAACAACCAAAUUUCACACCAGAAAAGUCAAGCUCUCAUAUUUGUGUAGAAGAACACAACAUAAAUAAUUUUAAAAAGGAAUUUGGAAAUAAAUUAUUGGACUACGGAACUGAAUUAAUGUAUACUGUUUGGAUGAUUCAUUGCUUGCUUUUGUUGUUUUAUAAAAACAGAGCAGGCUGAUGCUGUGAACCUUGUUCACUCUAACAAGACUCUACAUUGUUGUCCCCAGGCUCCGCUCUGUGUUGCAUCUUUAGAGGACUACCAGAAUUAUGAAAUACAUGGAGACAGAGUAAUAAAUUUACCUAUUCUCAUGCUAAUUAACUCAUGAGAUUUCUGAAUUUAUCCUGUUAACUUCCAAAUUUUGUACAAGGGCAUAAGCAGGAGUAUGGAUCUAUCCUAAUCACUUUACCUGUAGUGGAGUAAGAAUGAAUUUUGGGCCACCUCUCCUGACACUGAGAGUGGUGGCCUCCAGUUUGUGAGCAUUGUACCCAGUUUAUCAUUUUCUCAGUCAGGGUACACAACCGUGCAAGGUUUUCUGAGCAUGGGAAGGACAAUCCUGACCAGGGAAAACUUAAAAGGCUGAAAGGAAAGUCUGCUUGUACUGACUUUUUUUGGGGGGUGGGGGGUGGGUCGGGGGCUCUCUGUCACUAGAUAAAAGCUACGAAAGCAGACUUUAAGAAGAAUGUGUGUGUGCUCUGCUGUAAAGGACCUUUGCUUUAUAAGCAAAAUGUAGUGACAGCAGGGGCGGGAGGGUUAAUGUAGAGCCUAAUAGUUUAUGUAGCUAAUUUAAAGAUCAUAUAAUCGAAAUGAUUGAUUUCAAGCAGAUCAAGAAGGUACCAAAACCAAGGUGAAAAUGUAUAUAAAAAUCAGUAGUGGACAGUGAUACCUGAAAAGGAAAUUUUGUAUUACCAAAAAAGAACAUUAAAGGGAAAAUGUAACCAGGUUUAUCUGUAGCAUUCAUAACAUUUAAAGAUACUAUUCUAAAAAGAAACUGCACUCUCUGAAGCUUGAAAAUUUUCAGAAUCUAGUUUUCUAAUACUGUGUCCUUUUUGUGAGACAGUGCUGGCUGAUGUAUAUUGCAAUACCACUUUCUCAUUGUGAAUUUAAUUACUGAAUAAUUGAGUUUGCUGCUUUUGUGCCUUUUCUAAAAACGGCAUUCAGUCAUGACAAGGGUAAGCAUUUUGGAACCAGAAAAAAAUAAUUUGUAGAAUGUGUUUUCCUUAUUUUCUUUGACAUAUCAGAAAGCUGCUGAAGUAAAGACAGCGCUUCUUAAAUAAGGACAACUUUUUUGUCAGCUCCAGCAAUGCUAGUAAAACCUUAUUACCUUGACCAGGAUUAGGCCUUAGCUGUGGUGUUUUUUUUCUUUUUACUCAAUGGAGAAUUUGUCUACUGACCUAAGCAACUUAGAGUAAAUUUAGAUGAUUAUCAACAUAAAUGCUUUGAGCUAGAAGUAAUGAUGAAGCUAAUUCAGACCUUUUACCAAAAGGUUAGCUAAUACUUAUCCCCUUGCAUGUUGCGCUUCAACGUCGUUGUGUUGGGGUAAUGCAGUAAGACAAUUUGUAUUAAAUAAUGUAAUGCCUCUGUGUACAGUGUCUGCACAACACUUUGUUGACCACUGGCGUGGUAAUGGACAAACCCGAGCUCUAAAAUUCCAGAGGGUGCAUGGAAUUGGAUGCUUGAAACUCCACUGGAGGAGGUUUGCCGAGACGAGGUCCCUUCUCAGCUCACAACUGCUGGUAUCUUAUUAGCAGACACCAACAUUUUAGAAUCAACAGUUGUUCUUAAUUGUUGAAUCCAAUUACCAGAAAAUGCCCAUGAAAAUAGUGCUCUUGCAAGGAUAUGUUUUGCUUUUCUGUAAAUGCCACGAUGGAGCUAUGCUCCCCAAAAGUAAGAAUCAAGGUUCACUGUAUGUGUAUUUACAAAGGACUUAGUUAUCUGCUAAUUAAUUUUAUGUUGUCUGUUUUAACACAUUAAGUAACAAAAGUUAAGCUAUUUCUGUAAUGUGCUUUUAAUGGUGGGACUCUGUCCUGUUAAACUAACAGUCAUGUUAGAGCAAGUUUUAUUUUUAAUUUAGGUGGUAGAAAUAUCCAUGCAAGAACUUAAAGUAUGGAUCUAAUAACUUAGUUCAAUUUACAUCGACUUCUUGACAGUUUAAAUUUAGUCUUAAAUUUUUAACCAAAUUUGCGAUUCCAAUUGCAGCCUAACAGUCUUUUAUAACAAAAUGAAAAGUUAUUCAUUUGUGUAGUUUUUUUUUUCCUUAGGUAGUGCCUUUUUAUCUGUAUGCCUUAACUUUGUUCCUCUUGAACACCAUAUUGAAAUGUUACGGCUGUCAUACAAUUCCAUGUCACCAAAUCGGGAUUAGAGUAUAUUUUGAAGUGCCCAAACCAGAAUUCACAUAACUGCAUUAAAAAGUGUACUUUAGCUAUAAUCUGCUGCAGACUUUUAAACUGAGAAUUUUAAAAAGUGAUUCUUGGAGCACUUCCUGAGCGCUUCCUAUGCUCGCACAGGUUUCAUACUUGCAUUUUGGAGACUGUAUACUGUUAUGCAUACCACAGAAAAGACUUGUUGCCAUUCACAGAAAUACAAUUACAGCUGAGAUUUAGCUUCCUAGUGAUGUGAAAUUCUAGUUGGUACGUUAGUAAACGUGGUACUGUAAUAAAAGUUGUUUAUUUCAGUACACAGGAAUAUUAUCUAAGCAAAUCAGCAGACUUCUCAGUGAAGUUGACAUUGUUCCCAUUAAAUUCUUUCCUGUUUCUUUUUUGGAAAAUCCUAAUCCUGCCGUUGUCUUGACUGAAAGCCUUCUUGCAGCACCUGUAGGUACAGCGCAGUAUAGCAAGCCAUUCUUUCAGACGACAUAGAGCAAACUGUAACUGCAGCUUCAGAGACUUGAGCAAAUUGGUCAGAUCUACAGUUAUUUAUAGUUAAUUUCUUUUUGAUCUUGAAAAUCUGUCACGCAUAUAGAAAAGCGUAAUUUGUGUGCUUGAAUGUAAGUCUGUAUGGUGUUUCUGGAAAAGCAAAAGUGUUACUGCCGGUAUCAUUUCUUGCUGGUAACUUGCUGUCUUGUGUUAAUGACAAGCCUGCAGUGUAAAACCACAUACAAUUACCAAAGCUUUUCUAUUCCCAUAUACGUAUAGCCAAAAGCGAUGUUUCAUGGAUUAGUACUGUUACUUAUAGAUACACAUACUUAUAUAUCCACCAGUAAGCUUAUUGCUAACUGAAUAAAGCAGGUACUAGUAGAUAGACACCUCCCAUAUUUAAAAUAUCUGGGUGUUUAUAUUUGCUGUUUUGAUGCACAAAAUUCAUGACAGCAUUUAAAGGAAAGGUUUGGUUUUUUAACUCUUUUUAACUUAAUCUUAUUUUUGUUAUUCUAAAAAUAAGGCAUAAGCUUGGUGACUAAACCUGGUGACUUUUUGUAGCCAGGCUUGAGCUUUGGGACAUUUGAGGAACGCCAUAAAGAUAAGUAGAUUUGUGACCUGAAUUGCUCUGUGCACCAUAGUAAGAACUUUUCAAAGCUGCUGGGAAGGAGUUCACUUUACACCAGAGCCAGAUGUCACCCACAGCUACCUGGGUGUACGCUGCCUUCAGGAGGAGCCACAAACCCACGCCAGAGGGGGCAGAAGAGCUACCAGCCUGGUUGCUAAAUCACUACUCUUCAUCGGAAUACAAAGGAACUCUUUUCAUUUCCAACCCCUCAGUUUAUUUUUCUAAUUGGCAUAACUUAAAUACUGGUUAGGUGGUGGCCACUGAGAGCUCCCCGUUAGGGCCGGAGCUGACGAGGUGCAGCUUUAGUGCCCAGCCCCGUGCCGUGAAGUGGGGUGCAGCAGCUCGGGUGGCUCUGCGGGACCCCCUGCCCCCUGCAGGGGGCAUGGCCCUGCCUGCACCAUGCACAGCAACUGCCUGGCUUUUCUAGCAAUAGAUACAUACCUGUACUUGAGGGGUAGGAUGGAUGGAGAAAGUAAAAUUUGUCAUCCUUCAAAGAAACAAUGCGAGCAGUCUCGCUUUGGUUAGGUCUUAGGUUUUCAUAAAUUUACUUUAAAGGGAGAGGAACUGGAUUAAAAUACAUUAAAUUUGUAUCUUAGGGUUCAGGCCUUAUUUUGAGUCCACUGAUGAGGAUUGGAGGUCAGGGUCUUCUGUCAGGAGAUACAAGGAAAAGGACACUUUAACUCCAAAGUGGAUAUUCCCAGGAAAUAUUUCAGAGGUUGUUCGUGUCUCUUACCCCAAUAAUAGCUGAUCCUUUUCCCCAGUGGUUAUUUAACGUGGGUUUAAAAACAAAGGUUGUGUUUUCUUUUUUUUGAAUAAGCAUUGGAUUGCCAGUUCGCUAGUGUUUGUUUCUCAUUAAUAGCAGUGUAAAGGUGGCGUCACCCCCAAAUCUUAACGGUUUAUCAAAGCCUAGCGUCUGUCAUCUCAGACCUCACAGGAGUCGUAUAAAGGAAUAUCACUGUAUAUAUGUGGAGGAGACUUAGGUAAAUCGGAACGUAGACUUUUAGUUUUCAUGAAGCUAUGAAUACAAAUUUGUAAAUUUUCUCUUGAUCUAAUGUACAUUUUUAUGUAGCCAUUAAAUUCUCUAUUUAAUCUAUCAGUUUCUCACUGUAAAUGUUUUUACUCUCAGUUGAAUGCUGGGCACAGUUUGUAAUGUAUGUACACAAAGGUGUUUUUUUCUAUCAACGUUGACUUUUUUGCACAUUUUUGGAAAUAUUUAAUUUGUACACUGAUUUAAUACUCUGACCAAUUGUUGAUGGGUGUAUGAGAAUCACGUGUGUGUGCAAUGUACUACUGUCUGGAUGUAUGGUUUUUUAUUACUUUUGAGAUGUUGCUAUCAGUAACUGCACUGCUGUUGCUGCUUUACAUGGAAUAUCUUGUGUAUAAAAAAAGGAAAAAAAAAUUAAAAAACUAGCCUAUGGUUAUCUUGGUCGAGGAACUCAGGAGCCGAGCGUCGCUUACCAGUUCCCUCUGUGUCUGCGGUGACUGUGUGUGUAUAUAUCCCAGUAAUCUUAUUCCACAAUUUCAUUUCUACAUUUUUAUGAACUUGUUUUUUAAGGGUACUAUGUUUAGUUAGAAUAAUUAAAUAUAUAAAAGCUUUGAGAGAUAAUUUACUAGAUGAAUAUAUUUUCAGCUGGCUGAUGUUCAGAAUAUUUUUUUAAUUUUUUGUUUUUAACCAUUCAAAAUGUAUUUGUAUUUCCAGAAUCAGACACGAAUUGUACUUAGAAAUAUAUUAAAACACUGUAGG